GGCAGUCUUGGCCUUGCCUCCCCUCCCUCUCUCGUCCUAAUUCUCACUAUUAUUGUCUCUUUUUGGCGGAGAAGAGAAAACCGCGCAAACGAGGCUCGUCCUCGGCCAAUGAGACAGCACUAGCGACGACCGACAAAGAGUUCAGCUCACUCAUCCCCCCCCUCCACAGAUCUGUUUUCAUAUCCGUGAAAGAAAAACCCUCAGACGCCCUUGAGAUAUACUCCAACUCAAAAUAAGGAGAAAUCUAAACGAUCUAGAACUAAGAUUGAAACGAAACAAGGUGUAUCCUACACCCACUCUCACUCUCACUCUCACUCUCACCCCCCCAACCUACCCACCCAUACACACAAACACAAACGCACACACGCAUCCCCCCCCCCGCGCUUCACCCCCGCAAAUGGCCCCCGAAAAGGACCUCCCGGCCACCUCCGGCCCCGUGCCGGCUCCCGGACCCGAUCCCGACCUCGAGACCGCCGACUCGCCUCCCCCUCACCGUACCGAUGCUGUCACCGCCGCCGCCGAUGACGAUGCCCUCGCCAUGGUCGGCACCCGCCCCCAACCCUACGACCCCGCCGUCGCCGCCCGCGCCGUCCGCAAGAUCGACCUCUUCCUCAUGCCCGCCAUGGUCUUCGGCUACGGCCUCGUCUACUACGACAAGGCCAUCCUCGGCUCCGCCGCCAUCUUCGGCAUGACCGCCGACCUGCGCCUCUCCGUCCCGCUCCCCUCCGGCGCCGUCGACACCUCCCGCCUCUCCUGGGCCACCUCCCUCUUCUACUUCGGCAUGCUCGCCGGCCUCUACCCGACCACCUACGCCCUCCAGCGCCUCGACGUCGGCCGCCUCCUCGGCGUUCUCGUCCUCGUCUGGGCCGCCGUCUGCAUGCUCACCGCCGCCGUCACCGACCACCGCGGCCUCUACGCCCAGCGCUUCUUUCUCGGCUUCGUCGAGAGCGUCAUCCCCACCGGCUUCAUGUGCAUCGUCACGGGCUACUACACCCAGGCCGAGCAGUCCCUGCGCCAGAGCUGGUGGUUCUCCGCCACCGGUCUCUUCACCAUCGUCGGCGGCGCCCUCAACUACGGCUUCGCCCAGAUCCGGUCCGGCGACCUCCGCCCCUGGCAGUACAUCUACCUCCUCGCCGGGUGCCUCACCUUCCUCUUUGGGCUCUUCUGCUUCGUCCUGCCCAACUCCCCCGUCUCGGCGCGCUUCCUCACGCCCGAGGAGCGCCACGCCGCCGUCGAGCGCCUGCGCCACGGCCAGACCGGCGUCCGUUGCACGCAGUUCAAGCCCUACCAGGUCAGGGAGGCCCUCACCGACGCUAAGGUCUGGCUCGUCGCCCUCAUGAUGGCCUCGGCCUACACCAUGAACGGCGCCGUCUCGGGCUUCGGCCCGCUCAUCGUCUCGACCUUUGGCUGGACCCCGUACGAGGCCAUCCUGCUGCAGUUCCCCCUCGGCGCCAUCUGCUUCGCCGUCAUCCUGCUGACGGGGUACCUCGGCACGCGCCUUGCCAACGUCCGCAUCCUCAUGCUGGCCGUCUGCUGCCUCCCCGUCAUGGCCGGCUGCGCCCUCAUCUGGCGCUCCGCUUGGACGCACCACGCUGCGGCGCCCGUCGUCGGCUACUCUAUCACGGGCUUCUUCGGCGGCGUCGUCAGCCUCGUCAUCACGCUCGGCAUGUCCAACGUCGCCGGCCACACGAAGAAGAGCUUCAUGGCCGCCACCAUCUUUGUCGCCUACUGCGUCGGCAACAUCGUCGGCCCCCAGCUCGUCCGGUCCCAGAGCAAGGCGAGCCACUAUCCAGAACUGUGGCUCGGUCUCAUCAUCUGCUACGUCAUCUGCAUCCUCGCGUCGGGCGCGCUGUACUAUGUCCUCUGGAGCGAGAACAAGCGGCGGGCCGCGCUGCCCGUUGACGAGGACGAGAGGGCUAAGCUGGCCUUUCAGGAUCUCACGGACAAGGAGAAUCCGUACUUCCGCUAUGUAUACUAAACGGUUAAUCCCAGGCAAAGUGUUUCACACGAUACCCAUCGGCGCUUUUGUUAGCCAGCUGUUCUUCUUCGCUGAUUCGUUUCAGCUAUAGAGCUGAUAUUGUACAUGGAAGCAUCGCCCCC